AUGCGGCUGCCUGAGCAACCUGGAGAUGGGAAGCCUGAGAAUGAGACAAAGGGGGACCAAGAAACCCCCGAAAGGGGAGAGGAGCCACGGAGAAGCCCAGCCCCCGACUUCCCCACUUGGCAAAAGAUGCCGUUCCACCAUGUAACCGCUGGCUUGUUGUACAAGGGGAAUUACCUCAACCGGUCUCUGUCUGCAGGCAGUGACAGCGAGCAGUUGGCUAAUAUCUCCGUGGAAGAGCUGGAUGAAAUCCGAGAAGCCUUCCGUGUUCUGGACAGAGAUGGGAACGGCUUCAUCUCCAAGCAGGAGCUGGGCAUGGCCAUGCGCUCCUUGGGAUACAUGCCGAGUGAAGUGGAGCUGGCUAUCAUCAUGCAGCGUUUGGACAUGGACGGAGAUGGGCAGGUAGAUUUUGAUGAAUUCAUGACGAUUCUUGGGCCCAAGCUGGUGUCAUCAGAAGGUCGGGAUGGUUUUCUUGGAAAUACGAUAGACAGUAUCUUCUGGCAGUUCGACAUGCAGAGAGUCACUCUGGAGGAGCUGAAACACAUCCUGUACCAUGCCUUCCGGGAUCACUUAACGAUGAAGGACAUUGAGAACAUUAUCAUCAACGAGGAGGAGAGUUUGAACGAGACCUCGGGGAACUGCCAGACGGAGUUUGAAGGAGUUCAUUCGCAGAAACAGAACCGACAGACCUGCGUCCGCAAGAGCCUCAUCUGCGCCUUUGCCAUGGCCUUCAUCAUAAGCGUCAUGCUGAUUGCAGCCAACCAGAUCCUGCGGAGUGGCAUGGAGUAG